GGGAAAAAGUGGAUUUAUAGAAAAGAGCAGCAGGGAGAGGGAGGGGUGAUCAACGAGUUAUCUUACCGCUGAAUAUCAUAUCUCAGGGGCCGACGUGUUCACGUACCCCCUCUCCUUACUCCCCGGUUCCCUCCCCUCGAGCCCCGCCUCGGGCAGCAGCUCAGCAGGUAAAGGUGCAGGACGUCGGUGUCACGCGCCGUGUGAAGACCUAUGGUGAAGACUCACUGAAGGAGACAGGAGACGCAGGCUUCGCGAGGAACGGGCUGAGGUCUAACAACUCCAAAAGUCUAAAAUAUGUCUGCUUUUGCAGAGAUAAACAGAAGCAUGGGUGAGGCACCGGUGGGAGAAGAUGGUACAGUCACUCGAUCAGCAGAGUAUGUGGGUUCAUUUCCUGUGGAUGACUGCUGCUUGGAUGACCAGAUAGAGCAGCUGCAUACUCAGCUGAAGUCCCUCAUAACAUGCAAAAGAAGGAGGCCUGUAUCCCUAAAAUUCUCCAUCAAAGGUGUGAAGAUGUACAAUGAGGAUGAAACGAAACUCCUGAUGGCUCACGCUCUGCGGCGAGUCUCUCUGUCCACCGCCUGGCCCUCCGAGGCCCAGUUUGCCUUCGUCUCCCACAACCCAGGCAGCACUGAUGCCCAGCUCUACUGCCAUGUCUUCCAAGCAAGGCAUUCAAGAGCGGCACAGUUCCUGAACAUGCUGCUUUGCCGCUGUUUCCAGCUGUCUUACUUGGAAAAGCACCCAGAGGAGGCUCAGGGAGACUCUGUGGGCUCGGCGCCGCGUCGCAACCCCUCCCUGCUCAACCACGGCUUCCCUCUCAGCGUCAGUGCCCUGGUGUCCUUCAGAAGAGCUCCUUUUCAGGGCUUGCUGCCGGGAUCUAAGAACAAUCAAAAGUCUUCCGAUGACCUGAACAGCAGCCAAGAUGAAGUCUUCCCCACUUCCUCCCCCUCCCUGGUGCGCAAGAAGGCCAUCCGCAACAAGGUGCUGAAAUCUGGGGCCUACCGCUCUUUCACUUUCACACCGCUCAAACAGCGCAACGUUCAGGAGCGACUGAGUGCCUCACAAGGUGGGCUAAGUGUUCACAAAGCGCUUUCAAGAGUCAAAGAGUUGUGGAGGAAAGGAGCAAGACAAAGUACCGGUGAGGAGAUCACGGGCUCCGAGCUUGGCCGAAACAGAAGAAGCACUGGCUCAAGCGGUGUGGUGUUGGGCUGGUAUCGCAACUGACAGCAGCUUUUCCCUGCUUGCAGACGACGUUCUCGGGUCAUACCUCCUGUGCCCACAUCCUAAAAACCCCAAAUGUGGCUCUCUCAUCAUCCGCUUUCCCUCUGGCCCGAUCACCCACCUUAUCGGAAACACUCACAAAGGGAAAUUCCUGCUCGAGCAAUGCAAGACUGAAUUCAGUUCCAUAGCAGAGCUGAUCGAACACUACACAGAGUCUCGGGAAGAGCUGCCGUGUCUGCUGAGCUGUGCCCGGGUAAACCACUGUUACGAGUGGGAGGAGAGUUCCAGCUCUCAGCAGCCUCUAAACCCACGCAAGAGCAUAAACAAAGCCAGAAUUAAAAGUACCAACAGAAAGGACUUGGUUUAAUCACUGGACACUGGAAACCUCAGAAUGAGUGACAACUUUUUAGAUUUUUGCUCAUGUAUCAUCUUUUAUCUUUAAAUCAUAUUUGGUGUUUUUGGGAGGCUUCACAAAAGUGUUGGCGCUUAAUGUGUAUAGUAUACUAGUCAUUUUAUAACGGGGUACUUAUUUGUAAAGCUGCUUUUUUAUGUCUUUCGAUAGUCUUUUUAAUAGCCCUGAAAGGCUAGAAGAGUUUAUCUGUGUUUUUAAGACGUGAAACCUAACUAAUUGAUUGGGUCAUACAGAAUACUUUUAUUUCUUGCAAGUUGCACAAAUACAUUUGAUCAAAUGUUAUUAUUCCUCCAAUUUUAAUCUUGCUUUCAUGUUUCUCUUAAUGUGUUUAGACGUUAGACCUGGGGAAUAUGUAAGCAGUAAUCCUAUGCACCACAAUGUGUUAUGGUGUAAAAGAAUAGGACCAUGAUGAUAUUAAAUAUUUUCUAUAUCUCGACACCUUAGUGUAUAGCUUUUUCCUGUAUGAUGGCCCCUAAGAUGGGUCAUGCUUCUGUGUUUUAAAGUUUGUUACUUCUAAUUUAAACUGGUACUUUUUGCAUGCAGUUUACCUAAAUUAAGUCUUUAUCAUAAGAUUGUCUGAUAUUUUGUUGUUAUUCCUAAAUGUUCCAUUUCAAUUUAGGUAAUACAUUGGAUUAUUCUGUACUAUCUUUUACACAUAGGGUAAUUUUCAUAUUAUUCACCCCUGUUUGAGAUUAAACAACUGGGGUUCUCUGUUUUCAACCAAUUUCCUGCAAAAGUGUUGAUUUUUAUUAUUUAUGACUGCAUACCACAACAUCACCUGUGGCUUUGGUAUUGAGGCGGGUAAUACUUUCUGCUUAGUAUUAUGAGACAGUGUAUACUGUACAAAGUUUCUAAAUCUUAGAGCAGAACU